AGGAGGCCGGGGUGGCUGCGGAGCUGGGCUGCGAGGGUGAUGACGAAGUGAAAAUGGCGGAUCUUUCGAAAUCCUAUCCCGGCCCUUGACAUUCCAGAGGCAGGAGCUCAGCAGCCUGAAGAGGCUCUGCCCGCCGCUGCCAGCAGCCCUCCAGCUGCCCGUCGGCCGCUCCCCCAGCUGGGCAGACCCUCCAGGCGGGACGCCCCCUCCCUGCCUAUCCGGGAGCUGGCACCGGCCCGCCCGGGAGGACUCUGGCGGCUGCCUCUCCGGAGCGGGUGAGAGAGAGAGAGCCUGGCGAGCUCCGGAUGCGCCGGCCACGGAGGCUGACGCCGAUCCGAGUGGGUCCUGCUUUGGAGCUUCAGCAGAUGGUGCUGCAUGAUGAUGCUUUUGGAGGUGCACUGAUGUGAAGCAGGAUUUAAAAGAAGUUCAGUGGCUUCUCUUGAACCCACCAUCAACAUCUGCAAAAUGGAGGUUGUGUCAGCAGAAGUGAACAGCUUGCUCCCUGAGGAGAUCAUGGACACAGGUAUCACAUUGGAGGAAGAUGAGAGCAUCCAAGCUGUAAUUGUGGGUGACCCUAUUCCUAUGGAAACAGAACUGGAGGGAAUAGCAAACGUAAGCUCUGCUGAUGAUCCUACUGCUACUAGUACAUCAUCAGUCACCACGGAAUCUGUCACAUUGCCCAGCAAUUGUGUGAGCCACGUUACCGGCAAUUCUGCCUUCGUAAAAUCUGAUGCCAGUGUGACCGCACAACCUUCUUUUCAAAGCGGCCUCCAAAAACUAGGCACCCAGACUCCAGUCUCUCUAUCAGCCAAUCAAAUCAUUCUUAACAAAGCCACGGACUUGAAAAUUAGUAAACAGGCCAUAAAGCAGGAAGGUCAAAAACUCAUAGUAACAACUCUGGGCAAGCCCGGACAGCCGAUUGUCUUGGCGCUGCCCCACAGCCAGCUGUCACAGUCUCAGAAGACCACAUCGCAAGUACAAGCAAGUGACUCCAAAGUUCCAGCACAGCAAUUCAAGGUGGUCACAAUCGGAGGAAGGUCAGAGGUGAAACCCAUCAUUGGUGUGUCGACCUUGACUCCAGGGUGCCAGCUGGUAAACGCCACAAACCAGUCAUCCGUACUGCAGACCCAGCAGCUAAAAGCGGUUCAGAUUGCUAAGAAAGCCAGGACACCAACUUCAGCCCCAAUGAUAACGAAAUUCAUCAUCACCAAACCAAUUAAUAGCAAGGCAGUUAUGGGGCAGACAACUCAAGUAUCACCAGUCAUUGCAGGUAGAGUUCUUACACAGACUGCUCCAGGGACACCCCCCAAAACUGUAACUAUAUCAGAAAGUGGCGUUAUUGGGACAACUUUAAGUUCCACAAUACAGGAGGCCUCAAAUAAGAUCGCAAUCUCUCCUUUGAAAUCACCAAACAAGCAGCUAACGGUGGUGUCGGUCGCCUCACAGCCUCCAAGCUCCCCACAGAAAACAGUUGGUGUUCCUCUAAACGUAGCCCUGGGACAGCAGAUUCUCACAGUGCAGCAUUCAACGCCCUCUUCCCCAGGAAAAGCUGUAUCUAACAGUACAACUGCUCAGGCUAUGAAAUCUGCAGUACAGACCCUCACCGUUGGGGGAGUGGGCACGUCUCAAUUUAAAACGAUAAUUCCCUUGGCAACGGCACCCAACGUUCAGCAAAUUCAGGUACCUGGAAGCAAAUUCCAUUAUGUCCGGCUUGUCACUGCCACAACUGCCAAUAGUACAGCACAGCCAGUCAAUCAGAAUCCCAGCACCAGCACUGCAAAUCUCCAGCAAGCAAAACCAGUGGUGGUGAACGCGACCCCUGUACGGAUGUCUGUUCCUAUUAUCCCAGCAACACAGACAGUCAAACAAGUAGCCCCCAAACCAAUGAACACAACUUCACAGAUAGUUACCACAAGCCAGCCACAACAAAGACUUAUCAUGCCUGCCACACCACUGCCACAGAUCCAACCCAACCUCACCAAUCUUUCCCCUGGCACUGUCUUCGCCCCUGCUCAUGGCACAGGAAACGUGGGAUAUGCAUUUCUCCCAGCUCAGUAUGUCACACAGCUACAGCAGCCAUCUUGUGUCUCCAUAGCGAGCAGUACUAACCUAAGUGGGACAUCAAGUAUCCAGACCCAAGCCCGGCUUCCGUUCAAUGGGAUAAUCUCGUCUGAAUCUGCAAAUCGUCCAAGAAAACCCUGCAACUGUACAAAAUCACUGUGUCUUAAGCUAUACUGCGAUUGCUUUGCAAACGGGGAGUUCUGUAACAAUUGCAACUGUACAAAUUGCUAUAACAACCUGGACCAUGAAAAUGAUAGGCAAAAAGCAAUCAAGGCCUGCCUGGACAGAAAUCCUGAAGCUUUUAAACCUAAAAUAGGAAAGGGAAAGGAAGGCGAGUCGGACAGGCGACACAGCAAAGGUUGUAACUGCAAAAGGUCUGGAUGCCUCAAAAAUUAUUGCGAGUGUUAUGAGGCAAAGAUCAUGUGUUCUUCAAUUUGCAAAUGUAUCGGCUGCAAGAAUUUUGAAGAAAGCCCAGAACGGAAAACACUGAUGCACUUAGCCGAUGCUGCUGAAGUGCGAGUCCAGCAGCAAACGGCUGCCAAGACCAAGUUGUCUUCGCAGAUUUCGGAUCUGUUAACCAGGCCAGCUCCAGUGCUGACAAGUGGAGGGGGGAGAUUGCCCUUUACGUUUGUAACAAAGGAGGUUGCUGACGUGACAUGUGACUGUUUACUGGCGCAAGCCGAACAGGCCGAGAAAGCAGGCAAAUCAAAAGCCGUAGCAGAACGGAUGAUUCUAGAGGAAUUUGGACGUUGUCUAAUGAAAAUCAUUAACUCGGCAGGAAAAUCCAAAAGUGAUCCUUGUGCCAUGAACUGCUGAUUCUUGAAAAAUGGGCUUUGCUCGAACUGGGACACUAAAAGGCACACGGACACUUUCUGGUUCACAGCAGCAUUCGUCGUUGGUUAACUGGUGCUGUGAAGUUUCCAUUGGUGUAUACAUUAAUGUAGGAACUUUGCAAUGACGCUUACCUUUUUUUAAGCUUAACUCUCUUUUACUUCACAGAUACAAGAUGCAUCUUAUUCCCAACCUCUAAACAACUUGGGACAGUGCAAAGCUUAGCUGGUUUCCUUCCCUUUGUUCUCCUUAAAAGGGUAUUCUAGAAGCAAUUCUUUCAGUCAGGGGUCUUCAAACUUGGCCACUUUAAGACUAGUGGAAUUCUGGGAAUUGAAGUCCACAAGUCUUAAAGUGGCCAAGUUUGAAGACUCCUGCUUUAAAUUAUUAUUUGCAAUUGAUACAGUUGACUUUUGUAUUUAGGAGAAGAGGAAAGAAACUAGUCAGUCUAUCAGGAGCAACGUUUGUGCAAAACUAAUUGAAAUGCCUGGAUAUUCUUAUAAGAACAAUAUCAGUACACUGGAGAGAUUUUUCCAGCCCAAUCAUUCAGCAUCAUAGCACAGAUUAUAUUUGCAAAAAAUAUAGGCAGUGGUACAUCUGUGGAUGAGAUAAUGCUGACUGGAAAUUAUUAAAAAUAAAUAUUUGCUGGAAAACAGCUAAAAAAAAAAAUAAUGCAAAUUUAGAAGUUGUCUUGUUGACCCCAAUCUAACUCAGUGACAGUGCCUUGUCUGUUGAUCUUAAACUAUUGACACCAUAGCAGUGAUAGCUGCAAAUAUAACAUUGAUUUUUUAAAAAAAUCAAGGUCAUAAUUGAUAUCUUAAUUAUUUUGGUAUGUUUUUAAAAAUACAUCACUGUAAAAUAUAUAUAUUCCAAAUUUUAAUGAGACAUUUUAAUGUCUAGCUUUCAAGGGGAUUGAUAUUUUAUUUGACAAAUGUCAGUAUAAUUAGAUUUUUAACAUUUCUGCUAAAUGCCCUACGACAAAAUGAGGAAAAGCUGUCUCUUGUUUGUUUAGAAUCUAACUAUUGUUAUUCAGUCAACCGUUGAGUUUCCCAAUUUCUCCUUCAAAUACUUCAAUAGACAAAUAAAAAAAAAUCUUAAAUUAAUUUAAUCUUAAUUUAUAUUUGUAGUGUCUAAGCUUUACUCAUAUGGCAGGAAUAUGUGGAAAUAAAUUGACAACCGUGCCCAUAUGUGUUAAUGGAAGCAAUACUGGGGAUAUUUGUAAACUAAGGAAUUCUUGGUAAAAUUUCCUCUUUAAUGCUAAAAGGAUGACAAGAUGAUCCUUAGUUUACACUUCCCUAUAUUUGUUUCUUCCCCAAAUCUGGCAUUCAAUUCACAAAAUUCCACAUCCCUGAAGAUUCCAAAACCCACAUUAUAUCUGGAGGUGCUAAAAUUAGAGGCUACUUUCAGUUGUGUAAAAUGGUGGGUGUUCUUACUAUGCUGAGAUUCCAGCAGAAGCAAACUUUAGCAAUUCUUUUGUGCCUCUUAAAUGUUUCUCAAAUCUUUUUGCCUCCAUUCCAGAUUAUACAUGGUGAAAUUGUUUUUGAAAAGAGAUUUCUAAAUGGAAAAGGAAGAAGUCAGUACGUUUCCUAAUGUGGUUCUCAUCCAUUGUCAGCGAAUUACUUAGACGUAGCUCAUUUACUGCCUUUAUAAGAACUGUGUGAGUUUUGUUUUAAAGUGCGCAUGGCGCAGUGUGGAGAGUGCAUCUUUUGAAGGCUGAGGUCUUUUUUUAAAAAAAAACAAAAAACCAGCUGUGUGAUUGUCAUUUGCAGGCUUCAGUAGGAGGAACAGUGGCCACUCUGCAAUAAUGAUAGACUUUGUACUCACGUCCAUGACCUUUCAUGUGUCUUCAGUCUGUUGGGCUAUGGCUGAAGUGGAUAAGACAGUGGAAACUUGUAGAGCUAUAUCUGCUUGUGCAGUAUGUGAAAAUAUUUCAGUUGGAGAAGGAGGGGAAGGAUUACUGAGGUGGUUAAUCUUUUUUUUUCUUCAGCCAAGAACAAGCAUUAGUCCCAGUUAAGUAUUCAGUCGAGAUGUUCUUUUAGCAGCGUUCAAACCAAUUUCAAGCUGUGUGCGUCUUUUUGUUAUUGAAUUGGCUUAGUUUAUAUUUUAAAAGUGUAUUUUAGAAGCAUAGUCUUAGGACAAAAAUGUAAGAGAUUUCUUUGGGAAAGAGAGAAAAGAGCGGAAAAACAUUAUUUGGAUGGAACUGCUUAGGAGAGAGAGAGAGCGCCUUUGAAAUAAAAGCUAUUAAAAUGCAAAACACAACUGCAUGGUUUUGUAGUGAAGAAAUCGUUCAAUGAGUUUAUGAAUGUCUAAGUUCCACGUUUGAAUUAGCAAGCACCUGCUAGAUAAUGUAGCCUGCUCUGUAAUUAUAGUGCUGCAAAUUUUUUUUUCUCGAAAUGGAUGUUAUCUCCAUAGAAUUGUGGGGUGUGUAUAGAUAUAUGUACACACGCAAACACAUGUUCUAUUGUAUUACAAUAUGUAUGUACAUAGCAGACUUGCUUAAAUUACACACAACCCUGAAAGGGAAGCUCUUUAUUUCAAUAUAAUUCUUUUACAUAUAGAAUUAUUUUUGGGUGGGCGAGAGUUUGUUAAUUUUCUGAGUAGAUGAAGACUUGCCUUUUUACUACUUUCAUAAAUGUCCAUACAACAAGAUUUGUAUAAAUGUAAACUAGUGUAAGUGGGUAAAGUAAAAAUUGAUCAAGUUAUUUUUCAAACAUCCAUUGUUUUGUCUAGAAUUACAUUUGUUUUAUGUUGUACAUAUUCUGUGUCUUAUUUUAACUUGCACCUUUUUUUGUGAUGUGUAUUUAUAAGUGUGCAGAAAACCUGUGAAGUUUGGAUUCUGGUUGUAGAUUAUGUAUAAUGGAAUUGUGUGUAAAAGAUUUGAAGAAGGUGCAAUCAAAGAGAGCUAGUUUUUUUGUCUCAUAAAACAAGCUGUCUCUUCUACAUAGCUUGGAUCUUCUCCCCUUUGAGUUUUUCUUGAUUGUUUGCAUGAAAGUGCUCACAGGUUAGUAAAAAAUAUAUCAAGAUCUUGACAGCAGCUUAUCAAAUUAUGCCUGCAUUGUGAUCCUCUCUGUCAGCUGAGAUUCUGCAGUGUUUCUUUCAAAGCCCCUAUAAUAAUAAUUAGGAGCUGCUUAGCCAGAAUGCUUUUAUAAUGCAUCCCCUUAUUAGCAGAUUUUGAGAUGGGGGAGGGUAUUUGGGAAAAUUUUCUAGUUAUGGUUUACAUCCAAAAAUAGAUAAAAUUUAUAUUACUAGACCUAUUAAAAGAAUACACUUUUCUAUAUUGUAAAAACAAAUGUCAGAUAAAGAAAAAAAAUAAAAUGUUUAUACUAUUAUGUA